AUGUCUUCUUUAAAAAAUAUGAAUUUGAACAAACAAACUUCCCUUUCUUCCGCUCCACCUCUAAAAACUCUUCCACCUCAACCAAAUAUUUCUCAACUUGAAAAUUUUGCCAUGAGUGCUUUGGCACCAAGCAUGGCAGUUGUUUUCACGUUACCAUUUGAUACUGUUAAGGUUAGAAUGCAACUUCAAGGUGAAGUAAAGAUCAUAAAGGAUUCUGCUGGAAGGACAAUACGUACUGUUGCUGAAAAGGUCUAUAAGAACAGUUUUGAUUGUCUAUAUAAAACUUACAAAUAUGAAGGAAUCCGAGGUCUUGAAAAAGGGUUAAACCCUUCGAUUUUAAAAGAAAGUUCCAAAAAUGUCUUUCGAUUGGGACUUUAUGAUCCGAUCCUUUCAAUUAUACAUCCUACAGAGGAUUCAACAUCAUCAUCUUCAGCUCCAGCUUAUAAACGAAUGAUUGCUGGUGGCUUAUGUGGUGCCAUGGGGGCUAUCAGUGCGAAUCCUUUUGAAUUAGUGAAAACUCGUUUACAAAGUUCAGCUGCAGGCGCUAUUGCAGUUGGUAAUCAAUAUGGUUAUACAUCUGUGUUUUCUGCACUUCGUCAUAUUACAUCCAAAGAAGGUGGAGUUAAAGGUCUUUAUCGUGGAUCUAUGAUUUCAGUAUACCGGGGAAUAUUAGGAAGUGCUGCAAACUUGUCAUCAUAUACUAUGUUAAAAGAUUAUGCAAAACGAGAAGGGUUUCGUGAAGGUAUUCCUUUAGAUAUGGGAUGUAGUUUAGUGAGCGCAUUUAUCAGUGUUGUUUUUAUGAAUCCUUUGGAUGUUGUGAGGACUCGUUUAUAUAAUUCAUCAUCUAACAAGUCAGUUUUAUCCAAUGUUCUAACCAUCAUAAAAAAUGAAGGAUGGAUAACAUUAUACAAAGGUUUUGGUACUCACUUUAUGAGAAUUGGACCUCAUUUUUGUUUGACCUUUGUUUUUUUGGAGCAAUUGAAACGAGGUGUAAAACAAGUUCAUAUUCACAAUUAUCACCAACAAAAAACUCUCAAUUAUUGA